CAACUUCAACUGAGAUCUUCAUUUGGUGCUUCAACAGAGAUUUCUGAUUCACUUUUUUUCUUCUCUGGUAUCGUAUUGUUUUUCGAUCUUUUGUUUCUCAGUAGUAAUUUAAAAGAAGAAAAAAAAUGGUGGCUGAGGUGGUGGCUCGUAGCGGCCGGGCGUUACAGCGUUACAACUGCGGUCAACGUAUAGUUGUUGGAUGUGUGCCUUACAGAUUGAAAGGUGGUAUCAAGGCAUCAAGCAAGAAUAUAGAAGAUGUACUCGAGGUGCUUGUUAUAAGUGCUCAAAGAAAAAGCAAAGGAAUGUUGUUCCCUAAGGGUGGUUGGGAAUUGGAUGAAUCGAUUCAAGCUGCUGCUCUAAGAGAAACAAUCGAAGAAGCCGGCGUGUCUGGAGCCAUUGAGAGUGAAUUGGGUAAAUGGUGCUUCAAGAGCAAAGGCAAUGAUGCAUACUACGAAGGGCACAUGUUUCCACUACUUGUGGUAGAAGAACUUGACUUAUGGCCUGAGAAAAACAUACGCCAAAGAUUUUGGGUGAGCGCUUCUAAAGCUAAAGAAAGUUGCCAAUAUGCUUGGAUGAGAGAAGCUCUGGAUUUGCUAGUAACCCGACUCCAGUCGUCUCCAACAAAGUUGGAGGAUAUGAUGAAUUGAUUGAAGCUUAUGCUAUUAAGCAACCUGACCUGUAAAUAGGAUGAUAACUGAAGAUGAAGUGCUAUAAAGACUGCACUUUUUGAUCAGAAGAUUGAACAAUUUGGUGAAAAGCUUUUGGUUAUGAUCACAAGCACUUGGAAAUUUAAGAAACAGGAGAAGAAUUCAGAAACAGAAGAGCAGAAGUAGGGAAUGCAAUGUAGAAAAUUGCCCAACUUCUGUUUCGAUUUCUUCUUCUUUUUUUCCGUAGCCUUGAAGAAGCCAGUAAGGUUACGGUUUUGUGUCGAACAAGGCUCAGGAAACACUGUAUGGAAAGACAGAAUCAACCCUUUGAAGCCCAAGAACUUCGGUGUCGUGGGUCAUCGUUAUCUUUUUUGGAAUGGUUAUUUUGAACACACUAGUUAAUCCAGAAUGGAACUGCCCUGUUGUUGAUUUUUUUCCCAUGGAUCUGUAUCUUGGUUCAUCAUCAAUGGAAGGUUUCAUUUGAUGCAAAAAAAAAAAAAAAAAAAGAAUUUGUUAUCAUGUUGUAUUGUUUUCUUGGUCCAUAUUCUGUGUAAGUAGGUUGUUUCUUCUCCUUCAAUCAAGGUUCUCAAGAAAUUAAGAACAAUUAUGCA